AUGAACUCUAUUAAUAUCUUAUUGAUAUUAUUUUUUGUGACGUUUUUUGUUGUCAAAGGCCAACAAGAUGAUUGGAACGGUGAUACACUUCUUUGCACACCCGAAACAAGCCAGGGUCAAGUACCACCUGGCGUUACAUUUCCGAGAUUUCCAACCAAAGCUCAAUUUGCUUUAGAAAGUGUUGAAAUAACCAGUACGUACGGUAGUACUGAACACCUUAUUAAGCAAAUGAUGCUUGAAUAUUUUUACGAUUACGAAGCAAAUUCACUUGUCGUCCUCAAGAAUGCAAAUGGUAUAAUUGAUGUAGAAUUCUAUUAUUAUAAUAUUCUUAAAAAAUCAACUUACUAUAGAGGUUCAUAUUGUAAUGUAACUAAUAUUGAAAAGUAUAAGAUAACUGAUGGUUCAUCGGCAAUUGAUAUCGGUAACAUACCACAUCUUCGACCUAUGGAACAAUUUUUAUUAUUCAGAAGUGACAGUCCAAUAGAGGGUAAUGUUUAUCCAAAAUAUCUAAGAGGCGACACUGUUCGCGGUAUUUCCGUGGACGUAUGGGAAUCAUGCAUUGUCGACAAAGCAACUCAUCGAACAAUUAGACGUGAAUGGUCAUUUGCCAAACCAACUUAUCCUAUGCCAACAGGAAUUUUAACAACAGCAGUUCCUAUUCAAGCUCUUAUCAACACAACAUUAAUGCUCAAUGGAACAAUACGUUUAAUAGAGGUUGAUGAAAUAUACAAUGUUCUCUCCUACAAACCGGGAAUUAUCGAACGUGCCGAUGCUUUUCAUCCACCACCCGGUGUGUUUUGUGCUGGACUUGGUGAGGAAAAUUUAUUUGCUUUAAACGAUAAAGGUAUUAGAUGGCCAGAGAGAGGCUUUAGUGUAAGAGUUGAUGCUACAACAUCAAAACAAACACAAUGGCAAACAUUUCAUUUACGUAUGGAGAGAACUUUCCGUGAACGAAAAUUGAUACGUUAUGAUUACAAACCAUUAGGUGAUGACUUUGAAUCAGUCAUCAUAGAUUAUGGAAGUAGAGUUAAAUAUAUUAUUGAUCGUCAAUUAGGUUCAUGUAGAAUUGACAACAGCACUCAGUUUCGACCAUUAGAUAUCCUUAGAUAUCCAAUUGAAUUUUUUAUUAAAUACGAACAUCUUCUAAUUGAUGAGGAACCAACUGAAAAACGUUUUCAAUACAAUGGCUUACGUCCAUGCCGUGGUAACACAAUUGAAUGUAUCAUUGUGACAACGUCAGUCGACAAUUUUCCAGAAAUACCAGCAACUGAAGAGUCAUGGACUGUAACAAAUGUUGAAUGGGCAUGGUCACAACGAAAUCCUGGUGCAAUACCAGACUGUCAACGACCACCAUGUGUGGCCCAAUUUGAUUAUCCAGUGCACUUAUAUUUGAAAUUAUAUCGUAUAGCACCCGAGCACGAAAUUGGUUAUGAAACAGAAGAUGUUCAAUUUGAUUUUUACGAAUUUAAUCACGAUGUUCAUGAAGAGGAAUUUGAUCCAUCAAUAUGUUACCGUUCAAAUGAUUUGGAUUAUUUACAUUUAGCAUUUAAUCUUAAAGUCACAAAAAAAGAUAACAUAAUUGAAAACACCCAAUUGGAUCGACAUGAUCUAAUAGAACAUGUACGACGAACUGCAGCAUCGGUCAUGGAUGUACGACAAUUACGUAUAUCAAGAUUAGAAGUUGAUCAUGAUGAACAAGAUGAUAUUGCCUAUGUUAUGUUUACAUUAUUGGGUAAAACUCCAUUUAAUGAUAAUUCAAAUGAACCAAGUGUUGAGGACGCUCGCGCAAAAUUACAAACGGCUAUCGAUAAAAAUGAAUUCAAAUUUAAUGUUACCAUAUUAAAUGUUAGUAGACAUGAAUUAACAGCAACUCCCAAAUCUCUGAGUGAUUCAAAACAAUACAUAUCAUCACAUUCAAGAUUAAAUCGAAAAAAAACUGUCAAAUAUACAUCUGGAUCAAUAGCUGGAGGUAUUCUCGGCGGUAUUCUUGUUGGUAUGGUAUUAGGUAUAAUUUUACUAGUCGGUAUUAAACAUUUAAAACAUGAAUCAUUACCAGCAACUGCACGACUAACAUCAGCAAUUACUUCGCCAUUUCAUUCUCGAACACACGCAUCAACACCAUCAUCAACAACAAAUGCAAAAAGUGAAACAACUGCUUAA